AUGGCGAACCUGGAAAUGCAGACUCUGGCGAAGGAGAGGACCAACCCUCCCUUCGAUGUGGAAGCUAUGGCUAUCUCCCUACAUGGCUCGAAGGAGCGUCUCGAGUACAAGCGUAGGGUCAUGCAGGAGCUUGAGAGGAUUCCUGCAUUUUUUAACGACGACAUUUACGAUCUCACGAAGGAUGAGCUUCGUGUCCGCACGUUUAUCAAGAUUGGUCACAUUGUUAACUGGUUCCAGAAGGAGGACAUGGCUACUUUUCGCCAGCGCCUUGAGCUGAUCUCGAUCCUUGACCCUGGGUUCUGGACGCGUUUCGGUGUGCACCUGGGGUUGUUCAGCAACUGUGUUGUCUCUGGUUCGACGCCGAGUCAGUUGGCAUACUGGGCCAGCCAAGGGAUGCUUUCCUGCCACCACUUUUAUGGCUGCUUUGGUAUGACCGAACUUACGCACGGUAGUAAUGUUCAAGGUAUCAAGACGACGGCUACGUUCGACCGUGAUGCGGACGAGUUUAUCAUCCAUACUCCAGAACUUGGUGCCACUAAGUGGUGGAUUGGUGGUGCUGCUCAUUCGGCCACGCACUGUGCUGUGUUUGCUCGCCUGAUUAUCGACGGCAAAGACCACGGUGUCAAGACGUUUGUGGUCCAGCUCCGUGACCCCUACUCCUUCGACAACAUGCCUGGUGUGACAAUCGGUGACAUUGGCAAAAAGAUGGGCCGUGACGGUAUCGACAACGGCUACAUUCAGUUCACGCACGUCCGUGUGCCUCGUGCUCACAUGCUCAUGCGGCACACGCAGGUUUCGCGCGAAGGACAGGUGUUUGAACCACCGCUGCAGCAGCUGGCAUACGGUGCUCUUCUCACGGGUCGCGUGAUGAUGUCUAUUGACUCUUCUAACAUCGGCAAAAAGGCUAUCACCAUCGCUGGUCGCUAUGCUGCUGUGCGUCGUCAGUUUAAGUCGGACGCCAAGAACGAGCACGAGACGCAGCUUCUUGACUACCCCAUUCACCAGCGCCGUUUGAUGCCUCUCCUGGCUCAAAGUAUCGCUUUCCAAUACACUGGCUACCAGCUUUCGCACAUGCUUGAGCGCAUGAAUGAGCAGCUAAGCUCUCUUGAGCCUGGUGAUCCUCGCUUAAAUGAGGCGAUUGAACUGCUCAAGUCCACGCAUGCUGCCAGUGCCGGUCUGAAGGCAUUCUGCACGUGGGGUACACUCUCGGCCAUUGAAGUUUGCCGUCAGUCGCUUGGUGGACACGGCUACUCGUCGUACGCAGGUCUUGCACCUUUGUACGCCGACUUUGCCGUGCACUGUACAUGGGAGGGUGACAACACGAUUUUGGCCCUCCAGCUUGGUCGUGCCCUCAUGUCCGCCUACGAGGAGUCGCGAAAGGGCAAGAAACAGGGCAAGGCCCUGGCGUACCUGAAUGACAUUGAUGCCGUGCUUAGCUACCGCUGCACAUCAGAGAAGGACCUCGACACCCUUGCUGGUGUGGAAGCUGGUUGGCUGACGGCGUCUGCUCACUUUGUCAAGGUUGCGUUUGAUGAGUUCCAGCGGUACCUGAAAGCGGGUGACUCGCGCGAGGUCGCGGCCGAGAAGUGCUCGCAGCUCCGCUUCGUGGCUGGUAGCGUGCACACGUCUGGCUUCAUUUUCCGUCAGUUCCGUGCUGCUGUUGAGUCUAUGCCCGACAGCAAGGAUGGCGUGAAGAAGGCCCUUUCGACGGUGGCUCUGCUGUAUGGUCUGUGGCAAAUGGAGGAGAAGUCAGGCUUCCUCCUGCGUUCUGGCUGGCUCAAGCCAGAGCAGUUCGACUACGUCGCCCGUCGUGUCACGGAGCUGUGUGCCGAGGUGCGUGCCUUUGCCAUCCCGCUGAUUGACUCGUUCUCUUUGUCGGACUUUGUGAUCAACUCGCCUUUCGGUCGCUAUGACGGUGAUGUAUACCGUGCGUACUUUGACAUGAUCCGCAGGAACAACUCGCCGCUCAAGCCUCACCCAUACCGCGACACGCUAGUCAAGCCUCUUUUGAACCGAGAGAUUCGCGAAACUGUGAGUGCCUCGGACUUUAUGAACAUUGAUGACGAAAUUAAGGAGAUCCAGAGCGAGCUCAAGGAGGCUGCCGUGUCUGCUCCGAAGAAGGCGUAA